GGGCAUGGCUCGAUCUACCAGCGUUGUUCCAAGAUGCCCUCACAGUCCACACCAGUCAUGCCUUGUGCAUUGUAAACAAUCCGAGGCUUGUAUAGUGAAAUCCUCAGCUGAUGAGCUUGCAGACGUCAAAGAGGCGGAUAUGGGAGAGCCAGACAUUUCUUCUGGUGCGGAAGAGCACACGUACAGCGACGACGAAGGCCCGACGUGCUCCAUCUGCUUACAGCCCAUGCUGUCCAGAAUGUUUGUCCACCCGUGUUACCACUCGUUCUGCUUUCAAUGCAUUUGUCAGUGGGCUCAGUGUGGACGUGCAUGCCCCGAAUGCAGACAGACCAUCCUAUUUGGAGUGGUGCCCGCAAAAGGCAAUGAUGGAUAUGAGAAGUAUGAGUUUGCGGAUGUAACUGAAGCUUGGCCUCAGCACUUUAGCCGUUCAGAUGUCCGCUACCGGACCCGCAAUCGCAACAUGUAUAGACGCACACCUCGGGCAGCAAAUCGGGAGCCACAUAGACAUUUUCUGCUAGAACAGCCUCGUAUGGUUACCGGUGAUGCAUUUAGAAGGCAUAUCUAUGCCCAUGGUUUACGAGCCAAAACGAUGCCGGUUACCAGAGAUUCCAAGUUCAAAGAAAUUACUCCAGAGCUGUUCAAGCGCAAUCCCGAUCUUAUAAAGAAAUUGGUGCCGUGGAUUCGACGUGACUUGAAAGUACUGCUUCGUAUCGACGAUGUCGAAAUGAUAAUCGACGUGAUUAUUGCGAUAUUACAAAGGGAAGGAUUGGAGUCUCAGGCGGCGAAGAGUGCAUUGGAAGAAUACCUCUCGUCGCACACUGAACAUUUUGUGCAUGAACUAGUGUGCUUUUCCAAGAGUCCUUGGAUGAUGGAAGUAUAUGAUACUAUGGCAGAGUAUGUGGCACCAGAUGACACACAGAAUUCAGAGACAAGCUUGGGCAACGUAGCAAGACCCGCCCUCAGUGAACGUCAGGUGGAACAUGUGCAUAGGGCAUGCAAAAGCCCUUGUACUUUGCCCGCAGAGUCGAGUCAGACGAAUGGGCAUAUGAAUGUGGAACAGGUUAGCGAUACAGCUUCCUACUCUGCUGCGAGCGGCUCGCAAACAGGCGAGGAUAGUGAACAAGACCCUUCUACGAGUGUCGGGAACAAAAGGAUGUCCUUUUCUGACAACGACCGACAGGAUCUGAUUGAUUCCGAGAGUCCUACUUGUAAAAAGAGACACAAACGAAAGAAUCCGCGGCGAAAGCUGCACUUGGAAAAAUCUGUGCGGGACGCACAACUUCAUCAAAUGAUUCAAAGUACCGUGUCCAACAGCAUCCCGAAUGGGGGCCACGGUGGGGGGCCAGAUGAGGAACAUACAAGUCAGCUUUCGAGUCCUAAUUACGCGUAAAUGCUUUAAGCUAGCAACGUCAGGUAGUAUCGCAAGAGCGUGGCAUACAACUUGACAAGGUUCCGAUCGUUAAUAAUGGUCUCUAGGGGAGAAAAAUUUGAGAGAGCAAAGGUUAUCUAUAGGGUAUGUUGGUGUAUUAGAGUCGCCAAUGGCGCAGUUCACUUGUAUCUAUAUUAUGUUGGUUUUGGAUUUUUGCGAGGGGACGGUAUUGUAAGUAGUUGUAUAUACGAUCUGGUGACGAUGAAUACCCUUACCGAAUCACAUGCAAAGGGAAAAUAAACUUUUUGGCUUUUAAAGUUGA